GAACUGGAUGGAUACAUUUUGGAAAGCAUGGACCCUCUAGCACACCUAGUUCUCUGUGGAUUCAGCCUGUUGAUUUCAGGUAAAGUAGGAGCGGCACUGGACCUCAUACUGAUCAAUUCCUUCCCUCUGGUGGGCAACACUGAGACAUCACUUACAUGUGUCACUUCCAAAUGGCGUUCCCGUGAGUCUAUCACGAUAGGCCGGGACCAGGAGGAUGUAGCAAACCAGCACCGGGAGCCACUGGAAGUUAAUGAAGAUUCCAAGAGAGCAGCAGCCAAAACAGUGGUGUGGAAGAGGGAACAGGCCAGUGAAACUAUUGGAGCAUAUUACUGUGAAGGGAAACUCAAGGAUGAGGUGACAAGGAUACAUACCAUGAAGAUGCCACUGGGAGCUUCAUUCCACCCAGUGGCAUUAACUGUUACAGCAAAUAAGGGAGAGCAUGUGAACAUCUCCUUCAUCAGAAUGGCAUCAAAAGAGGAAGAUGCAGUGAUCUACAAGAAUGGCUCCUUCAUCCACUCUGUGCCCAGGCAUGAAGUGCCGGGAGAGCUGGAAGUCUCCUAUCCUCAAGUUCAACCACAGGAUGCAGGGGUUUACUCUGCCAGAUAUAUAGGAGGAAACCUUUUUACUUCUGCUUACACGAGGCUUAUUGUAAGACGAUGUGAAGCUGAGAAAUGGGGCCCUUCCUGUAGCUUCCACUGCCCUUCCUGCACAAACAAUGGCAUUUGUCAUGAAGAUACUGGGGAAUGCAUCUGUCCUCCAGGUUUUAUGGGAAAAACAUGUGAGAAAGCUUGCGGAGCCAACACUUUUGGCAAAACAUGUGAAGAGACCUGCAAAGAAAAUUAUGGCUGCAGAAACUUUAUGUUCUGUCUACCAGAUCCAUAUGGUUGUUCUUGUGCCACAGGAUGGAUGGGACUAGAAUGUGAUAAAGAAUGCAAACCUGGGUUUUAUGGGUCAGAUUGCAAACUCAAAUGUAAUUGCCACAAUCGAGGAACAUGCGACAGAUUUAAGGGCUGCGUCUGCUCCUUCGGAUGGCAUGGUUCACAAUGUGAAAAAAAAGGUUCAGCAGAUCUUUCGCCUCAGAUAGUGAACUUACUAGAUCCUGUGGAACUCAAUUCUGGCGUCGAGUUCAAACCGUUUUGUAUAGCAACAGGGAUGCCGCUUCCUAAAUCUGAAGAAUUCAAACUCUUGAAGCAAGAUGGAACUGUUCUGAGGCCUGAUGAAAUUUCCACCAGUAAUCAUUCUGAAGCCAUGUUUAGAAUUAACCGAGUCCUGCCUGGUGAUACAGGAACUUGGGUUUGCAGUGUGCAGACAGUAGCAGGAAUGGCAGAGAAACCAUUUCAAGUUACAGUCAAAGUUCCUCCUGUGCCACAGUAUGCUCCAAGGCUGACAGACAGAGGACAUAAUUUUCUCAUAAUUGAUAUCAAUGCUGAGUUACACAACGGAGAUGGACCUGUUGUGUCAACAAAACUUCUGUACAAGCCAGCAAAACGUUAUCAGUCCUGGAUGUCUGUGGAAGUAAAAGGCACAACUAAAAGACUGGACAAUUUGGAACCCAAAACAGAGUAUCAGUUCUGUGUUCAGCUAAGUCGGCAAGGGGAAGGUGGAGAAGGCCAUCCUGGACCGCAGGCCAGCUUCACAACAGCUGCACUUGGUCUUCCUCCACCAGAAGGUAUCACUCUCUUUCCAAAAAGUAUGACAUCACUGAAUUUAUCAUGGCAUCCCUUAACACUGAGGACAGAGGAUGAUAUUCGUGUUGAAGUGGAAAGGAAGAGCGUGAAUGACAACGGUGACGAGAGCAGUGUUAUUACUCAAGUGCCAGGAAAUAUGUCCACCUUGAUCAUUAAAGAUCUUGAGCCUAGACAGCAAUACAUGUGCAGGGUACGGGUGAACACCAGGUCCCAAGGAGAAUGGAGCAACUAUCUAUAUGCAUGGACUUUCAGUGACAGAAUACCUCCUGCACCGAACAACAUCAGGUUUUCUAACACCACAGACACAUCCUCAGUCAUCUCUUGGACAGCUGCUGAGGGUCAUUCCAUCUCCUCCAUCAUCAUCAGCUACAAAAUUUAUGGCAAGGCUGAGUACAACCACGUUGAUAUUAUCAUAAAGAACACCAGCAUUACUCAAUAUCAGCUCAAGGGCCUUGAGCCAGACACUGUGUACCAGGUUCAGAUUAAUGCUCAGAACAACAUUGGCUUGAGCAACCCGAACACAUCAUUUGAACUGAGGACCCUUCCAGAAACAAAAGCUCCACAUGAAUCAAAAGGAGGCAAAAUGCUGCUUAUUGCUAUCCUUGGAUCUGCAGGGAUGACCUGUGUAACAAUUCUCCUGGCCUUUCUCAUCAUGCUGCAGCUAAAGCGAGCCAACUUCCAGCGUCGAAUGGCUCAGGCUUUCCAAAAUGUAGUGAGGGAAGAGCCAGCUCUGCAGUUUAACUCAGGUACUCUCACUCUGAGUAGGAAAGCCAAAAACAGUCCAGAUCCUACUAUUUAUCCAGUUCUUGAAUGGAAUGACAUAAAAUUUCAAGAUGUGAUUGGGGAAGGUAAUUUUGGGCAAGUCCUGAAAGCACGCAUUAAGAAAGAUGGCUUACGCAUGGAUGCUGCAAUAAAAAGGAUGAAAGAGUAUGCCUCAAAAGAUGAUCACAGAGAUUUUGCUGGAGAACUUGAAGUUCUUUGUAAACUUGGUCAUCAUCCCAACAUCAUAAAUCUUUUGGGAGCAUGUGAGCAUAGGGGAUAUCUUUACCUUGCUAUUGAAUAUGCUCCCCAUGGAAAUUUACUGGACUUCCUUCGGAAAAGCAGAGUACUAGAGACAGACCCAGCAUUUGCUAUUGCCAACAGUACUGCAUCUACACUUUCCUCUCAGCAACUUCUGCAUUUUGCAGCAGAUGUUGCCAGAGGGAUGGACUACUUGAGCCAGAAACAGUUUAUUCAUCGAGAUUUGGCAGCAAGAAACAUCUUGGUUGGAGAAAAUUAUGUUGCAAAAAUAGCUGACUUUGGCUUAUCAAGAGGUCAGGAAGUUUACGUUAAGAAGACCAUGGGACGGCUUCCAGUGCGAUGGAUGGCAAUUGAAUCUUUGAAUUACAGUGUUUACACCACAAAUAGUGAUGUAUGGUCAUAUGGUGUCCUCUUAUGGGAAAUUGUUAGUUUAGGUGGAACACCAUAUUGUGGAAUGACAUGUGCAGAAUUAUACGAAAAACUCCCUCAAGGGUACCGACUGGAAAAACCUCUCAACUGUGACGAUGAAGUGUAUGACCUUAUGAGGCAGUGCUGGAAAGAAAAACCAUAUGAAAGACCAUCAUUUGCUCAGAUACUGGUGUCACUGAACAGGAUGUUAGAAGACAGGAAGACCUAUGUGAAUACUACGCUAUAUGAGAAAUUUACUUAUGCAGGCAUUGAUUGCUCCGCUGAAGAAGCUGCCUAAGAUAGAAAAAAAAUCUUCGCUCAUCAUUGAUGCAUUACAGAAAACUAAAAUUCAAUCUGCUGGAAUCCAAAAUGUGAUGUGCUGUGUAGAAUUGUGUAUAGCUCUAACUAUAUAUAAUACAGCAAUACUGUUUUACCACAGUUAUGCGUGUGUAUAUCACAUAGUGAUAUACAUCUCUGCCUUCAGAGGCUGUAGAAGUGUAUAUAUUGUCCAAAACAGGUAUAGACUAAAGUAAUGAAAUCUGUUGUUUCAUUCACAGGGUUUUCUUUUUUCUUAGAUAUAUGUAGAUAUAAUGUCUACAUGCAUAUUGUAAUGCAUUAGGUAUUGACAUCUUAGAGGGUUUUUUAUAUUUUCCAAGAGCUACUCAUAGCAAAGUGGUAACUUAUUGCAGUAUUCUAUAUACAUUUCAUUGUGUUUGAAACAAAAAUGCUGGGCAGUUGCAGUGCAACAAUGGAAGUUGUAAUCCAGUGUGCUCAACAAGGAUAAUUAAGACAGACUCCUGUUUGAAUGCAAAAGUCAGCUAGCAGAAGUAAUCUAGUCAAAAGCUCUGUUGACACUCAUAAGAUAAAAGGCAUGCUAUUGUUCUUUCAUUGCCUAGCAUGACUAUCAGUUUUUGCCCAUAUGCAAAGUAUACAUAUAUUUUGAAGUGUUUAAUGUUAUCAGAGGCAGCCAUACAGCAAUAUUCAUGAAGCAUAGUGUUGAGGAGCAUACUACAUAUCGUAAAACACAUUUUUACAACUUGCCUGGAUAUACAUGAGACUUACUCAAUUUGUAUUUCAUUUAAUAAUUUCAAUGCAUAAUUAUAAAUUACUACCUGUUAUAUACAAGCAGGGCUUACUUACUUUUGUUUAUAUUACCCUUUCAUUCUGUCUGUAGUGUGGUAUGGCCUCUUACAAAAUAUCAUACUCAAAUGCUUCAAAACAGUGGUAUUCGUCCUGCCAGAAAGGUCCCAAUCCUUAGGUAAGAAAAAUAACGGCAGGAUUAGUUUGAACUUCUGCUGUCAAGCCAAGAACAAGGGUUUUGGUGGAUUUACCCUAUCCAAAUUUCACAUAGUAGCCAACUUCAUGUUUUGCACAUAUGUCCCCCUCUUGCCCUUGAAUUACCAGCUCACAACUGUCCAUCAGACCACAAUGAUGUCCCAGUUGGGUGCAACAGGUCAUCCCCUCAGACUUGGAGAAAGAUGCUUGAGAGAGUGCAAGAUUUCUCUUUGUGAUUCUUUGUGGAUGGGUAUGUGAUUGGUUACAAGGUGGGGGUAUCACAG